UUCAGCUCCAAAGUGGACAUCAAUGAAGGCAUCAGUUUAUUAGAUUUGUUGCCCGAAGACAAGGACCUGUUCUACAAAUACAUGGGCUCUUUGACGACACCGCCGUGCAGUGAAAGCGCAGAAUUUAUCAUUUUUGUGGACCCUAUAUAUCUCAACCCCAAUCAGAUAUCUCAAUUUCGGCGCAUAAGCGGCGAACCAAUGGAUGGAAUCGUUCAGAAUUUGGAUCAUAACCGCAGAGAUCAACAGUCGAUUAACGAUCGCAUUGUAUGGCUCUCCGAUCCCUUCUCUAUUGAUAACAUCGAUUUUGAGUAA